GGGGAAAGAGGGUCUGAUAUCUACAUAAAAUGAACACAAACAAAAUUUCAUCCACGAAUAAACCCCGUACCCACCAUGGAGCCACAUUUAAGAGAACAUGGAGCUCCACAAUACUGGGCUGUCCCAUGUGUGCAUCUUGGAUAUGCACAUGGGACAGUUACCUUAUAUCUCACCCUCCAUCACAACAUAAGAAGUCAAACAAAAGAAUAUUCAAGACCGGAACCAAGUCGUCAGGAAGAUUCAUCCAGAGAGGAAAUGAAGAGAAAACAAAAUUAUUAAAGGAGGCUGCAGGAGCACAAGGCUCAAAAAUAACUGAUGAAAUUCCAUCCCAGCAUAGAGCAUCACACUCCAGCAGCCACCUACCAAGCCUCCCUCACGCCGACAUCGGGCUAGACAUUAAGGAGGAAAGUUCUGCCACAAUUGCCACGUAAACAUCAAACCUUGCUAAGAUUCAACAGUUUCCUGGUCCUCUCUCAUUCGUCCUCGCCCCCCAGUGCAUCACUUUACUCCUGCAUACUAACACGUAUAUAGGCUACGUCUCUUCGCUGAUCGUUUAUAAUUACUGUACCAAAGAAUGACGUAAGGUGCAGGGUAGUUAGGAUUCUAAUGGCUGAGUGUUUUAUAUAUGUCUAGUGAUAAUUACAUAUAUGAUCUCAUUCCGCAGCCUAUCCUCCUAAAAGGAAAGUGCUUACGUUAUAGUAACUAUGUGGCCGAAAGCAGAAAUACAUCGUAAUGGAACACCAGAAAGUAGAGUGUUGUAUUACUGAAUACCUAACCUAACCAUCCUAGACUUAAAGCCUAAUAUAGAACAUUUAUGUGCUAUACUAGGGUCUAGGAAUAUUUAUGUUUGGUUUUAGCCUUAUUUUUUCCGGACUGUAAAAAUAGUACAAAAAAGGUAGCUUAUUGGGGUUCCAUUACUGUUAUAUUGGUACUUUCGACCACAUGUUACAAAAUUUUGUAACUAUGUGCACUAGGAUUUCAGUUUUGCUGCCAGCGGCGCGAUUUUUGUGCUGCUCCUAGACUCAUUCUGCAAUCAGUAGCGCAAGCUGAUUACAGUGCAUCGAUGAUUGCACAGCAGCUAUGCAUAACAAUGUAACAUUAAACGUUGUCGUGCAGAAAGCGACUUACGUAAUGUAAGAAAAUUCACUUGAAAAUUACAGUAAUGGUACAUUUGUUAUAUUAACAAUACAUGUUAUUUUUACAUUUAAUGUCAAUAAUUAUUUAAUUUCGAGGAAAGUUUGUUAAUUUGCCACCCUGAGGUGUAAUAACGUUCCAUCAGUGCAAAUACUGUUCUUAAAAUACCUUAAAACUAGAGCACCAUGAUGAAGUUUUCUACCAGAAGAUUUGUGAAGCCCGCGAGGCUGUGGGUGAAGGUGGCGUGCGUACUGCUGCCGUUGGGCCUCUUGCACUCUCGCUACCUCACUUCUAAACCUCGAGAACACAAAUAUUUACACUUAAGCACACGUGCACAUCUGCUGGAGGCCAAGUACUCAAGCGAAUACCUUCCAUACAUAGUAUUUCCAGUGGUGGAAGAAGAGUUUGUAAGCGACAACAAGGUGGCUGUAACAUCAACGAGGAAGAGGCUUUACUCUGUGACAGCCCACCCCGCCAGUCCUUCCCUCAAGUCUCUGACAUACCUCCACAGACUUCUGCCUUCGAUCGACGCAGAACUGCUCAAGGAAGAGGCUGACUGGACACCAUGGGGUCCAAAACUCGAGAGUAUUAGCGACUACUUCAGAUAUCUCAACACUCCUCAGACCUCCUGCCCAAAGUUGUUGAGGCUUGGCGGUGAAUACUGCAUAGCAAGUCUAGACUAUAAAUUCCACUUUGACGGCUACAAGUUUGUGUGCGCGGACCCCCGCUUGGAGAUCAUUGGAGGCCGGAACUCAUCCUGCCUUGCGCUCUCCUUCGGCAUCAUGGGCGACACUUCGUUUGACGAAUCCGCAACUUUACUUCCGUGCGAAGUGCACAUGUUCGACGUUAUCAACUACGAUCCGGAGUUGGCUAAGAUUGUUGACAGCGCAUUCUUUCAUACGGAGGGACUCUCUGGAAAGAACGUGGCAUUGUAUUACAAGAACGUGAAUUUGACGUACAACUUGGAUACGCUUAAGGGUCAUAUCCUGAAGAACAACCUCUUCCCACGACCUAUACAUAUCCUUAAGGUGGACAUCGAGAACGACGAGUGGGAAGCCUUCAAAAAUAUCGCCAAAGACCCAAUCUUCGACGUGGUUGGCCAGGUAGCGCUGGAGGUACACGCCAUGGUCGUGGGGGAGCUGAAUGAGGCUCCCAUAGAGGACAAGCUCCGACUGCUGCAGGAACGCUACGACGUCUUGCGGAUGAUAGAGGCUCGGGGAUUCCGCAGAGUGCUGUAUUUGGAGAACGACUUUGGAGUAAGUCCGUUGUAUGACAACGUCACCGGCACCCGGUACGAGACGGCAGGCGAGCUGCUCUACGUCAACACCAACUGGUACAACGCCACCUUCAAGCAACACCUGGCAGCCUCCUUCGGGUUCCCAUUCCGGGGAACAUAAUAUCGCCUCGCCCUUCAGUACAAGCCGAGUAUAAAAUUAUAUGCUUUCUGUUAUGAUGAUCAUCUAGUUCUACUCGCACCCACCAAAGAUGAUAUGAAAACCUUGAUAGAAAUAUGUUAAAGCUAUAGUGGAAAAAUACAGCCUAACGCUCAAUCCUCCCAAGUGUGCUGUUGUUUCCUUUUAAUUCACAGGAGACGUUUUAUAUUGAUCCCAUAGUUAGAAGUACUAGGCAGAGAUAUUCCAGUUUUUUUAAUGCAUUGAAUCAUUAGUUUAUAUUAUGCCUUUAAAUUGUAUUUUCAUCGUCCUACAUUUUAAAUGUAAAAUGUGACAAAAUUUGCUACUGCUCUAAUGGUAAACUACACUUUGUUUCCCAAUACAUAUCGCCUUUCAAAUUGUAAACUAAAUGUUAUUCACUUUAAGCCAAAAUUUGACUUAAAGUGUACUUUUAAAGAUUGAUUUAGUUUAAUUUGACUUUAAGCUUGAUUUUGACGGCUGUGCACCUAUUUAGUUCAAUCAUUAUUGUAACAAUUUGCUUAAGUUGUUACGGAAAUAGUUUCUUGUUCUGAAUUUGACACCUGCAAUGAUUUUAAAAUUGAUAUAUGUAACUUCAAAUCUAAAUUCUUAAGUAUACAAUGUGCAAUUACAGAUGCUAUUAUUAAGAAUUUCUCAUAGGUAAAUUAUUUACGGUAAAUUUGUGUAAACCCAUAAAUGUACAAAACAAGCAUUUGGUAAUAAAGUAUUUAAAUUCAGUUGUAAAAUUCGAUGUUAAAUAACAUUCAAUGAAGUAUGAUUAUGACUUGUGCCGUAUAAUUAUUUUACGCUUCUGCUCAGGAAAUUUGUAUGGGGGUGCACAAUAAACUACCUCUCCCAUGAUGGGUAUGGGGUGCACAAUCGCCCAGAGGAUGGUUAUGGGGUCUCCUGUCGUGUAUAAGAUGGGUAUUGAAUCCACUGGUGCCCAAAGGAUUGGUAUGGGGUCCAUUAUAAAUGAACAAUCAAAGUACGAGUGUCUGGUAUUUCACCCAGCCUAGACAAGCGAGGUUGUGGGUGUCUAAUGUAUAAUAUUUGACACCAUUAGACCAGUUGAAAGUGUCUGCAAUGCACAUAUUUAAUAUAAAAUGAGGUUAUUAAUUUAUACCGAAGUACAUUGUCAUAUUUGUGAUUUGUUUUAUAAGCUAGUAGACCAAACAGUGGUCACUAGUUUUUUUAUUUUCUGGUGGAGGAAUGUGAAUGGCGGCCAUAUGAACAUAUUCGACGAGGAAUGUGAUUUAACAAGAAUAUUUGUUUCAAUGUUAGGUGACUUAAUUUAAAUAUUAUUCAUGAGGUCAAAACGGCAACACAGGUAGGGGUCAGCGGCAGCAUAUUUGUAUGCAACUCUGUAUAUAUACACAAAGUAAUAAUUGUAAAAAAAUAGUUAUUGACUACCGAACCCCCGCAAUUAUUGCAAAAAAAAAUGUGGUAUUGUGCAUAUGUAUUGAUGUGUAUACAUUUACACCUAUGAGGCCUCCUGCAACAUCAGAUGAUAAUCUGAUGCAGAAUUAAUUAGGACCAAAUAAAGCUUCAAUUAAUAAUAUUGUAUUAAUUGCAUCGCAGGGAAGGGCAAGCAUAAUGAGCUGAAUUUUGAUAUCUUGCUCAUUUAUACAAAUGUUCUCAUUAUAUGUAUUUUAUAUAUGAUUAAGCAAACAAUCCAUCACUCUUUGUUGAUACGGCUGCCAGUCACGUGUGGCAUUAGACCUGAAUUUACCCGAGGGGCCAUUAUCUCACUAGUGGCCUCAACGAGGACAGGAAGCCAAUGGCUUGUCAAAAGGUCCCUUAUAUAUCCUGUAGAUUGCAACAUUAUUGGUAUUGCCGCUUCGGCGGGUAGGCGGUUCCAUAGCUUGUAUGUAUUUUCUUGACACCAUAAAUUUUGACCGUGCAAAUUGGCACAUAGUUGCAAUCCAAUCGAGGCGUAGUUUCAAUGCAGCAAAUUAUGAGCGAUUGUUAAAAAGAAAUCGAAUUGUUAGAAACUGAGAUUUUUCUCCCCUAAAUAAUGAUCGUUUGUUCCUUUGUAAAACACACACACCUACCUACCUUUAUGUGACGCCGGUGGCCUUAGAGAAGAGUCACGCAUAUGUACACUGAUAUAUUUGUGAUUUAAUGGGCAAAGUUUCUUUCACCCUAAGUGCCCCUGUUACCUAGC